AUGGCCCGUACGAUAUACUGCUACGAGUGUGACAGCUGGACGGACCCCAGGUGUAAGGACCCCUUCAACUACACAGCGCUACCCAGAGACCAGCCGCCACUGCAGACCUGCAACGGAUGCUGCGUCAAGAUGGUUCGAUAUUCAAAAAGUCCAUACGAAGUGGUCCGGCGAACGUGUACAUCACAACUCCAGAUAAAUCUAUUCAUGGUAGACCACGUGUGUAUGAUGGAAAGUACUGGCACUGGCCACAUGUGCUUCUGCGAGGAAGAUAUGUGCAAUGGCGCGCAAACACCGGUCGCAGCACUGGCCUUGGUCGCAACACUAGUCGCAUGUGCAUGCCUAAGGUGA